AUGGACGGAGGGUCUUAUCUCCGCAGCAAAAGCCAUUGCAGUUGCCACAAAUCUCCUCAUAGAAAUUGCUGAUGGGGUCAUUCACGGCACUCGUUCUCUUGAACAACUUAUUGUCGCUUCAAAUGAGGUUGCAGCUGCAACAGCACAGCUUGUAGCAGCUUCAAGAGUUAAAGCAGAUUUUAUGUCAAAGACACAGGAUCGGCUGGAGACAGCAUCCAAAGCCGUCACUGAAGCCUGUAAAGCUCUUGUAAAAGCCGUGAAAGCUAUUGCGGCUAAACAAAUAGAGGGAGAACAAAUUAACUACUUUGAACUGACCCCUCAUGAUUUUAAGGUCAAAGAGAUGGAACAACAAGUGGAGAUAUUGAAACUUGAGAAAGAAUUAACCAAUGCUCGAAGAAAAUUGGCAGAAAUGAGGAAGCAUGGAUAUCAUGAUGAGGAUGAUUAA